AUGAAGUUCUCCACCGCCCUUCUGGCUCUGGCCGCCGUCGCCACCGCCCAGCCCAUCGUCGGCCACCACGCCCACCACCAGCACAAGCGAGAGGCCGGCAUUGAGACCGUCUUCGUCCAGGUCACCAACUACGUUGAUGCCAACGGAAAUGCCGUCGACGCCAACGGAAACCCCGUCCAGGUCGCUACCCAGGCCCCCCAGGCUCCUUCUCCCACCGCCCAGGUUGAGGCCAAGGUCACCGCCGCCGCCGCUGCCCCCGCUCAGGAGCAGAAGGAGGGAGGCUCUUUCGCCGCCUGGUGGUCCAACAUGUGGGAGCCCGCCGGACAGUCCACCUCUGCCGCUGCCCCUAAGUCUUCUCCCUCUGCCACCCAGAAGCAGGAGGAGGCUGCCGCUGCCCCCUCUUCUUCCUCCGAGGCCCCCAAGUCUUCCGCCUCUUCUUCCUCUUCCUCCUCUUCCGGAUCCCAGGGUGUCCCCCAGUCCGACUCCUCCUUCCCCGGUGGAGCUCUCGGUAUGGUCUACUCUCCCUACAACUCUGACGGUACCUGCAAGGACGCCGGAGCUGUGAAGUCUGACCUCGCCAAGCUCUCCAACUACGAGGUGAUCCGAAUCUACGGUACCGACUGCAACCAGGUCCCCAACGUUCUGGCUGCCAUUGCCCCCCACCAGAAGAUCUUUGCUGGUGUCUUUGACGUCAACGACGUUGACAACUCCCUCAAGGCCAUCUCCGACGCCGUCAAGGCUCACGGCGGCUGGGACGUUGUCCACACCGUCUCUAUCGGUAACGAGCUCGUCAACAACGGCGCCAUGACCGCCUCUGCCAUGAACCAGAUCACCAACUCUUCUCGACAGAAGCUGCGAAACUACGGCUACCAGGGACCCGUCGUCUCCGUCGACACCUUCAUUGCUGUUAUCAACAACCCCGAGCUCUGUGACGCCUCCGACUACAUGGCUGUCAACGCCCACGCCUUCUUCGAUGGUCACAUCAAGGCUGAGGACGCCGGCGAGUGGGCUGUUCAGCAGACCCAGCGAGUCUGGACUGCCUGCAACGGUAAGAAGGAGGUCAUGAUUGCCGAGUCCGGCUGGCCCUCUUCCGGAGGAACCAACGGUGUUGCCGUUCCCUCCAAGGACAACCAGAACAAGGCCAUCCAGUCCCUCAAGUCCGCCAUUGGCAACGACUGUAUCCUCUUCACCGCCUUCAACGACUACUGGAAGUCUCCCGGUGCCUUUGCCGCCGAGCAGUACUGGGGUAUUUUCUCCAACUAA